CCAAAACCAGACAGCUGUCAGCAAGUUGUGUAGAAAUUCCCGAUUAGAAAACGUAAAUAAUCGCAGUAUCGAAUAAUUGUUAACGAUGUCGUACGCUUAUUUAUUUAAAUACAUAAUCAUCGGAGACACAGGCGUAGGGAAGUCUUGUCUCCUGCUUCAAUUCACUGAUAAGCGAUUCCAGCCCGUUCACGAUUUAACCAUAGGUGUCGAAUUCGGUGCUCGCAUGAUUACGAUUGAUAGCAAACAGAUCAAAUUGCAGAUAUGGGACACUGCCGGGCAGGAGGCUUUCAGGUCCAUCACCAGGUCCUAUUACAGAGGAGCUGCAGGUGCUCUGUUAGUGUACGAUAUAACUCGAAGGGAGACCUUUAAUCAUUUAACUACGUGGUUGGACGAUGCCCGUCAACAUUCUAAUUCGAAUAUGGUUAUCAUGCUGAUUGGAAACAAAAGCGAUCUGGAAAGUAGACGAGAAGUGAAGAAAGAAGAAGGCGAAGCGUUUGCUCGAGAGCACGGAUUAGUUUUCAUGGAAACUUCAGCGAAAACCGCUGCGAAUGUCGAAGAAGCUUUCAUUAACACGGCCAAAGAGAUUUACGAGAAGAUUCAGGAGGGCGUUUUCGAUAUCAACAACGAGGCUAACGGUAUUAAAAUAGGACCGCAACAUUCGCCCACCAAUCCCUCUUUACCGGGUUCCGGAAGCUCGGGGGGUUCCCAAGGCUCAGGAUGUUGCUAGACUUAGUACCAAAAAAAGGGCUAAAGGGCUUCUACUUAUUAUAAAAAAGCCUCCUUUAACGAUGUAUAUGGUUUAAGCACUGGUAUUCGUUACUCGGUUACUUAGUUUCCGGGCCUUUUUUCCAAAAUCCGUACUAGAUUUACUUUUGUAUAAUGGUAGUAGAUUUAGGAUUUUAAAAAAAUGUCACGAGCCAAACGAGAACUGAGUAAUGAUAAUGUGAUGAUAUUGGGCUUAGAGUUUACAGUAUAAUGACAAAAAAAAUAAUUAAUCAGAAGCUACAAUUUAACUACUAGUAAUAGGAUUUUUAAAAAUGGUACAUUUUAAUAAUUUUGCGCUUUAAAUUCUUAGUAUAUGCAGGGUGAGUUCGAUGUACAUUGUAGGCCCAAUAUUGACAUUGAAGUCAUGUGAUUAUAUGGAACGUGUUGUAAAUUUAUAUUUAGCGAUUCAGUAAUUAUUUUAUUGUUUUUAUGAUGUAUAAUUAAUAUAAUAUAUGCGAAGAUUUAUAUUUUUGAUUUAGUUGAAUUAUAUUCUGGUCAAUAUGUUUUUUUACGGUGUGUUUGUACAGUAAUUUGUUUUAUGAACAAUUGGUGAAUUACUGCGACAGAAAUUUCGUUUUUGUGUAAGCUUUUUAUCGAAUACAAGUUAUUUCCAAUAGGCGUAGUUGUUUAAUUGAUUGUUUACUUUAUGUAAAAAAAAAUGAAUAAAAUGUUUAUCAAAUUACGGGUA